AUGGUUAUCGCAGCACUUCUGUGCAUUUCAUCAAUACGAGCCGGCCCAUCGGUUACAUUCUUUUAUCCUCAGAGUUUUACCGAAACAAGUUGUACGGGUAGUGCUUCAUGGACAAAAUGGUUCAAUUCAGCUAAACCAAGUGACAAUGGAAAUUUGGAUAAAGAAGUUCUUUCAGUAAUUAGAGCACAAAAUGGUCGUGAUACAUGUGAAAAACCUCAAGCCUUACAAGCACAAUCAGUAGGCCAACUUACUAGCGGUAGUUCUUUUGGAUGCUCAUGGUCAACAAUGAAUAAUAUCAUUGCUGAAUUCCGUUCAACUACUCCUGGUCUUGAUUAUCAAGUACGAUUUUGUUGUGCUAACAGUGAUUUUGCACCAACUACAACAACAACAACAACGCCACGACCCAUCACAAGUGCUACAUGUGGUCGAGCUGAAAUCAAACAUUCGCUGAGAUCUUCUUUACGAAUUGUUGGUGGUUCUCAUGCUGUAUCCAACUCAUGGCCAUGGCAAGUUCUAUAUGAAGAAAAGAAACCAUGCGAAAACAACAGGAUAUGUCUUGGUGUAUGUGGUGGUACUCUGAUUGAUUCGCGUCAUGUACUAACAGCGGCUCAUUGCAUCGGAACAAAUAAUCCAUCUGCGAUCACCAUCACAGCUGGUCUUCAUAAUAAAAAAAAUAAUGAAGAUGCUACGCAACAAAAAAGAACCGUCGAACGCAUCUUCAUGCACCCUGGUUACAAUAAUAAAACAAUUGAAAAUGAUAUAACUAUUCUUCGAUUGGCUCAACCCGUUCAAUUUAACAAAUAUGUGCAACCAGCAUGUUUACCUGGACCCGAUCCUAAAUCUAAUGAUAGUGUCGUUCUUAUUGGAUGGGGAGCUACACAAGUCGGCGGAGCUGCAUAUCAUGAAUUGAAACAAACUAAAGUUAAAGUUAUUGGUAAUUGUCAACAACAUUGGGGAUUUCAGGUAGAUGAAGAAAAACAAAUUUGUGUUGGAGAUAUUGUUACUGGCGAUUCAGCAUGUCAAGGUGAUAGUGGUGGUCCAAUGUUAUACGAACAUAAUGGGCAAUGGGUUGUUGCAGGUGUAACUAGUUAUGUGCAAGCAGGUCAAUGUUCAACAUCUACACAGUCUAAACCUAAUGUGUAUGCUCGAGUAUCGGCAUAUUUACCAUGGAUUAAGAGCAUUAUUUAA